CAUAACCUCCUCCUGAACUCAGUCUGUGGUUGCAGUGAUGUGUCUGUUUUUCAAAGACCCCCGUCCUUCCUCUUCCUCCCCGUCCUCCUCAAGGGCUGCCUGGCUGGGCAUCGGUGGUUAGGACUCCUGCCACAGAGUCCACGGAUGGGGACCUGCAGCAAUUUGUGAGGAGGAACUCAGAGGCCAUGAUUGACUGGCACAAUGGCACAGCGCCCGGCCAGCGGGAGGAUGAGCUCAGCGCUCAGGAGAGGUCAGAGUGUGUGUUGGCUUACAUCCCUGUCAUCUACUACAGUGCUCUGUUGUGUGUUGGAGUGCCAGUGAACAUCCUGACAUUGGUGGCUCUUUACCGGCUGGCUGUUCGCACUCAGAAGGCCCUCUAUGUGUAUCUUCUUGCUCUAACUGGCUCAGACAUCCUCAGCCAGUUGUUCAUCAUCUUCGUGGGCUUCCUGCUCGAAACGGCCGUGUUUCACAGAGACGUACCUGUGAUGCUGCUGCGCUCGGUCAGUAUGAUGGAGUUUUCCGCCAAUCAUGCAUCCAUAUGGGCCACCGUACCCCUCACGGUUGACCGCUACGUUGCUUUGUGCCACCCUCUACUCCACCGACAGAUCAGCUACCCGGCACGGGCCCGGCGGAUCAUCGCGGUGGUGUUUACUUUGGCACUGGCAUCCGGUGUGCCAUUCUUCUGGUGGUCGGACAUGUGGAGGGUCAGCCACGCACCCAACAACUUGGAUACUGCCCUGAUUUGGACCCACGUGACUAUUAUUUACUUUCUUCCGUGCUGCAUCUUCCUCGUGCUAAACUCCUUGAUCAUUCUGAGGCUUCGGAAAAGACAGCGGCAGCAGAUGUGCAAAGACGAGAGUGGGCAACAGCUGGCACUGCCAGGCAAGCUGGGUAAAACAACAGCUAUGCUCCUAGCAGUGACUUCUGUGUUCGCUAUACUAUGGGCGCCUCGUACUGGAGUGGUGCUCUACCAUCUUUACGUGUCAUCGGUGCACAAUGAUUGGCGGGUACAUCUAGCAUACGAUUUAGCCAACAUGUUAGCCAUGUUAAACACUGCUGUGAAUUUCUUUCUGUACUGUUUUGUCAGCAAACCCUUUAGAGCGGCAGUGAGGGAUGUCCUUUUGUUUCGGGAAGGACCGUUGCACCCACGCCAGCCCCUUUAUCACCAGCGCAACGCUGCCAAUGCCUCCACCUCAUCUAUUUCCAGCACCAAACGUUCCCAGCGAGAGAUCACCCCUCUCUCUCCCAAAAGGGCAGAUAUCAAGAUGUAGUCUUGCUGCUUAAAAACAUAGUUCAUUUAAAAAUGAAAAUUCUGUCAUCAUUUACUCACCCUUAUGUUCAUGACUUUUCUUUUUUGUCCAUAUUUUUUGACAAAAAAACAAUGAACCCUUCCUUUUUUGGAAUAUCUUCUUUUGUGUAAGAUGAAAGUAAGUCAUACAGGUUUGGAAUGACGGUUUACUUGGGUAAAUGAUGACAGAUUUUUCAUUUUUGGGUGAACUAUCCCUUUAAGUCCCAACAAAAGCAUUGUCUUGUUCUUAUAAUUAACUUGAAAAGAGUUCAGAUUUGUGGCUUUUGUGGAUUGAAAGGUUAAAGGGUUAGUUCACCCAAAAAUGAAAAAUCUGUCAUUAAUUACUCGUCCUCAUGUCGUUCCAAACCCGUAAGACCUUCGUUCAUCUUCAGAACACAAAUGAAGAUUUUUUUAAUGAAAUCUGAGAGAUUUCUGUCUCUCUAUAGACACACAACUACCACUUUAAUGCUUUAAAAAGUUCAUAAAGAGAUCGUAAAAUUAAUCAGUUUAGUCUGAAUUUUCUGAAGAGACUUGAUCACUUUAUAUGAUGAACAGAUUUAUUUUAGGCUUUUAUUCACAUAUAAACAUUGAUCAGUGAACAUAAACAGAAGCUCAACCAAACCUGUUUGAUUCGCGAGAACAAACCUAUUGCGGAAGCUCAACUGUGCUGCGUAACACACGAGAAUGAACCUCAUUGGUUCUCGCACACGUCAAGCGAACAUGCUUGAGCUUCCGUUUACCACAACCGAUGUGUGAGUCGAUGAAUGUUUUAUGUGAAUAAAAGCCUAAAUUAAAUCUGUUGUUCAAGUGAUUGUGUCUCUUCAGAAAAUUUGGUCUAAACCGCUCAAUUCAUAUGCAUCAGUUUUACGAUCUAUUUAUGAACUAUUUGAAGCAUCAAAGUGGUAGUUGCGUAGCUGUCAAUGGAGAGACAGAAAUUUCUUUAAAAAUAUCUUAAUUUGUGUUCUGAAGAUGAACAAAAGUCUUACGGGUUUGAAACGACAUGAGGGUGAGUAAUUAAUGACAGAAUUUUCAUUUUUGGGUGAACUAACCCUUUAAAGGUGCAGUUACAUAAGUGCAAAAAAUAGUUCAGAUGUAUGAAGCACAGCUCCCACAAAAGUCACUUUCAAGCCAGGCAGUUUUCUGUUGAUCAGCAUGGCAAGUUUGCGUGAUCAACUUGAAUACGAGUAAAACUUGUAGGUAAUUUUUGUCGCCUUAUCGAAAAUCUUGAUUACAGUGACUUGUUUCCCACAUAAUAACAUAUCCAGAUAAUGAACAGUCUAGCAUUCAUUCACGCUAAUGUGCACCACAGGUACUGUUCAUCUGUUCUCAUCUGACCUCUGGUUAGUGACCCAAGAGAUCACAGUUUACGGUCAUUAAACAAAAGACCAAUAAUGUAAACUUUGUCUUGCUGACAAAACAAGUAAUGUUUUCAUGACAUCAUGAACAUCUUCCAAUCAAGACAUAACCAUUGUGUUUUGCACUGAUCUGCAUAUCUGUGUUAUUUAUUGUUUUAUCCUCUGCGGGGACAAGAAAACUUACUACAGUAUUUAUGAAAAAAAGAUAUCUGGCUCAUCAAAUGAGUAUUAUGUCUUGUCAUUUUCCAUAAAUGGUUAACCUUCAAAGGAAUAGGUUGAAAUAUGGAUAUUCUGUCAUCUUUUACACACCUUUGGGUUGUUACCAAACUGUAUGACUUACUUUCUACUGUGAAACUCGGGUAGGAGGAAAACUAUUUUCCAUAUAAUGAAAGUAAAUCGAGAUCAAGACCCACAAUUACAAAAAAAAAAAGCAGCAUAAAAGUAUAAAAGUAUCAUAAAACUGUUGACUCAUGCCAUAUAAUCCAGGUUGUCUAAAGCCGUAUAAGAUAAGCCUUAUGUGAGAAAAAGGAUGGAAUUUCAUUCAUUAUAUGAAAAUGUUUCUUUGAAUUUGUAUACAAAUAUCAAAAUACACAUCCUGACAUUUCAAAAUUUCUCUUUUCACUUUUGGUAGAAAGAAAGUCAUACAGGUUUGAAAUAACAAAAGGAUGAGUAAUUAUGUCAGUUUUUUUUUUAAAUAUUUUUGGGUGAACUAUUCCAUUUAAAUGUUGUAUUUUGAUAUUGUGUGUGUUUUUAUAAAUGUUGCUUAUAUUGUAGAUGAAGUUCUUUGAACACACACAAGUGUUUCAUUAACAGUCUUUUCUUUUAUUCUCACUCAUUAAAUUAUGAUCUAUUAUUCUGCAUUUUUAGAUUUGAAGCCAUCUUAAAGGAUUUGUUCACUUCAGAAUUAAAAUUUCCUGAUAAUUUACUCACCCCCACAUCAUCCAAGAUGUUUGUCUUUCUUUUUUCAGUCGAAAAGAAAUUAAGUUUUUUGAGAAAAAACAUUCCAGGAUUUUUCUCCAUAACUUCAACAGUUACCAACGGGUUGAAAGUCCAAAUGUCAAUGCAGCUUCAAAGGGCUCUACACGAUCCCAGACGAGGAAUAACGGUCUCAUCUAGCAAAACGAUCGGCCAUUUUCUAAAAAAAUAAAAUAAAAAAUAAUAUACUUUUUAACCACAAAUGCUCAUCUUGCACUAGCUCUGCGACGCGCCACGCAUUAUGUAAUCACGUUGGAAAGGUCACAUGUGACGUAGGCAGACGUAGCGAGCAAGUGUUUACAAAGUGAACGUGCAAAGACAGUCAAACGGCCUUUACAAAAAUAGGUAAAACAACGAUGUUGGACGAUUUUGAAGUUGGAGGAGAAAAUUAUAUUUUUGCCCUAAUGAGUUUUUCGCCCUACCGCAAUACUUCCGCCAAUGUCGCGCUGACCUUUCUAACAUGAUUACUUCAUGCGUGGCACAUCGCAGAGCGAGUGCAAGACAAGCAUUUGUGGUUAAAAAGCAUAUAUGUUUUUAUCUUUUUAGAAAAUGAUCGAUCAUUUCGCUAGAUGAGACCAUUAUUCCUUGGCUGGGCAAUUUGGACCUUCAACCCAUUGGUCCCCACUGAAGUCCACUAUAUGGAGAAAAAUCCUGAUAUGUUUUCCUCAAAAACUUAAAUUUUUUUUCGACUGAAGAAAGAAAGACAUGAACAUCUUGGAUGACAUGGGGGUGAGUAAAUUGUCAGGAAAUUUUAAUUCUGAAGUGAACUAAUAGUUUAAAAUUAAAUCCAAUCAAGACAUAACGCAUUAUACACUCAGUAAUUUUCCAUAUUAGAAACAAAUGUGAUAAGCUUUUCAUUUUCUCAUCAAACAUAAUCAGAACAUUACAUAAUGUUCUGAUCAAGACCUUUUUUUGCAGCUGUAGGUUAUUUUGCAUGACUAAGUUAAACCCUUUCAGAGCCCGUCCAGUGAAGCAGAGCAAGAUGGCUGACCUUUUUAACCCCAGUGCACAAAGUGCGGUUGCUGGCUUAGCUGUGCAUUCAUGGCGACUGGAUGAGGCUUUAAAAGGGGCUUUGACAUGGGAACACAACGAGUGAAGACACCACUGUACAAACAGACCGAUCCGAGGAGAUCUGCUGAACAAAGCCAGCCCUGAGCUUCUGUGCACACACCCAUGCAGCAACAGCAAAAAAUUUAAUUUGUUAGAAUUGACCAGAAUUGAUGUUCUGGAGUCAAUUAAAUGACUCUAUGAUUUGUUAUCUGAUCAGAUAUCGUGCAGCACUUGCCAGUGUGUACUUAAAGAGAACAGAUUCAGAUUCAUUAGAUAGACAAGCUUGAUCUAAAUGCAAAGUAAAAUGUGAUACAAUGACUAAAGUGUUGAUGUUUUCACUUACACACCUGCCAACUGUAUAUAAAAUGUAUUUUAACUUUGUGUGUCGAUUUGAUUCUCUGAGAGAAUCUGAUGGAAGAGAGACUGCAUGAAUCAAUUAAAUCAGUCCUUGAUUUAAUAAAUGAUAACACUGUUAUAACUGUUUUUUGAAGGUCUUAUGACUAAUUAUUUAAUGAAGUGUCUUGGCUAAAAGGUACAUUAAAAGCUUUGAUUUAAUUAGUCUGCUAAAUUACAGAGGAAAGUUUUUAACAUUUUGGUCUGGUGAAAAAAAAAAACUCACUUUUUAUCUGGAGCUUUGGUUAAUGAACUCUUCUCUUGUCCUUUUAGUGCACUUGUGUUUCUCAGCACCCAGUGUUGCAUCCUCUCUCUCUCUCUCUCUCUCUCCCUCUCUCUCCCUUCUCAAUCAUGAGAGGGAGCCUCUGGUCCUGCAGAUGUUAUCAGAUGUUGUCUCUUUGAAAAACGUCUCCCGCUGCAUCACAAACACAGAUGCCUGAGAAGAAAGCACAUCUAUCGUUAAAGCCUUAAUAUGAGCAGACGGCUGACAGCACAAGAAAGAGUCUGAAUAUUUAAGACAAUAAAUAAUCUGCUCUGUUUGAGGUCAGCUUUAGAUAUGCUGGGUCUCAUGCAGCUGCAGAUCAUGGUUUUGUCCUUGCUAUGUAUCUAUUUUGCUGCUUUACCUUUAUUAUCUGGUAAGGUCAACAUGGAAUUACAUUCACAACCCUGUACACUGGGGAAAAAAAUGGUGUAGGGUUUACUUUUAAGCUAUUUUCACUCAGAAAUUGCUGGUAAACUUCACAAAUAAUUACAAAGAAAUAGACUGAAAUCAACACAUUGAAUAAAAUAUUUUUUAAGUAGAAAGACUGAAAUAGUAUUUUCUUGUAAGAUGUACUCUAGUAAUAUUGGUUUUGUUUACAACUUCAAAAUCUUUUUUUUUUUCCAUUGGGAAUUGAAUGAAUUAUGAAAAGUGGGAGUUUUAUGCCAGAGUUUGCAGUCAGUUGCAAGGGGUUAAAUUUGGCUGGUUUGUGUGGAUUUGAAAGUGUAAGUGUAGUCUGAUUAAAUAAAUUGGCUCAAAAAUAUCUGUGGUUCUCAUAAGCAAGGAUGGCAGAUGGCAUCCUAUCUCAAAUUUUAAUGUAAGAUUGUUUCUUUUGGUUAAUGUUCGCUGAAUCAUGUCCAGUAAGACUAAGAAUGUAUUAAGAAAAUAAAAGGGGCUGAUUGUGAUUCUAUGUUGACUUCAAUGGUUUUAAAUGAUCUACAGCAGAUAAAUGAAUUAAUUGAUUCCAAAUCAGUUGCGAUGAAGUUGUCUGCCACAUGAGAACCACCUUCCUGUUUCAUCAAGUGAUAUAUUUUUGCCAUAAAGUCAUAUUUCAUAUGUGAAAUAUGACUUAAAUUUGUACCACAAAACAUGUUUCUGUGUGAUGUGACGUAACCACAAAAUGGCAUGUGGCACUUGCAUGAUGUUUUCCCUUAAAGGAGUUGCAUUGUUGUUCAUGUUUUAUAUUGUGACACACAAGCUUUCCUUUGGUUGUGUAAUUGAAUAUGUGCACUGAUAAACUGUUGUUGCAUUUUGAUCAUACUGAUCAGAAAUUAAAUGGCUAUGUGGAUCUGUU